AAAAUUGGAAAGCCUUCACUCCAACGGACCCCACACCUCUCGCAACUUUCAAGCAUCUUGACUAGUGAUACCAUAACAGAGUCUGAAAUGAGAAUGAGAAUAUAAAGCAACACUGAACUGAAAUCCAAAAACAAAAAACAGCAGAAUGAGAGUGUACGGGUUCCUCUCAGUCCUGAUGACCCUCUUGUUGGGUUCCUCGAACGGGCAAACCCCGCGACAGCAGAACAACACGGGGUUCAGGUGCACGGGGACACGCAGGUGCGAGGCGUACGCAUACUACACCGCUUCAAGCCCGGACUUCCUAGACCUAGCCUCGAUCGGCGACCUCUUCGAGGUGAGCCGGCUGAUGAUAUCCUCCCCGAGCAACAUCUCAAACCCCUCGACAGCCUUAGUCCCGAAGCAGCCCCUCCUCGUGCCUCUCACGUGCUCCUGCAACCGCGUCAACGCCACCUUCGGCUCCCUCUCCUACGCCAACAUCUCCUACAACAUCAAACCCAACGACACCUUCUUCGUCGUCUCCACCUUCAAGUUCAACAACCUCACCACCUACCCCUCCGUCGAGGUCGUCAACCCCACCCUCGUCGCCACCAACCUCUCCAUCGGCCAGACCACCAUCUUCCCCGUUUUCUGCAAAUGCCCUAACACCACCAAUUUCAAUUACUUUAUCUCCUACGUCGUACAACCCUCCGACAAUGUUUCCUCCAUCGCUUCAACCUUCGGGUCGGAUCAACAAUCCAUAAUUGACGUCAACGGUGACACUCUCCAUGAUUAUGAUACUAUUUUUGUUCCGGUGACGCGGCUCCCGGCUCUUUCGCAGGCCGCGGGGGCUUCUCCUACGGCGCCGGGACCCACGGCGGAGAACAGGACUGUUUCGAGUGGAGACGAUCGGACGGGGACUGUUAGAGGGCUGGGGAUUGGGUUGGGAGUGGUGGGGUUGUUGCUGAUUUUGGUGAGCGUUUUGUGGGUGUACAGGGAGGUUGUGAUGAAGGAGAAGUUGGGGCCGGGGGUGGUGAGGGAUGAUGAGGAGGAACAGAGGAAGGUGUAUUUUGGAGGGAAGGAGGAGAAGGUGGAUGUGAAGCUGAUGGCGAAUGUGUCAGAUUGUUUGGACAAGUAUAGGGUUUUUGGGGUGGAGGAACUGGUGGAGGCUACCGAUGGGUUUGAUCAGAGUUGCUUGGUUCAGGGGUCUGUUUACAGAGGGGAAAUUGAUGGGGAGGUCUUUGCGAUCAAGAAGAUGAAAUGGAAUGCAUACGAGGAACUCAAGAUCUUGCAGAAGGUAAACCAUGGGAAUCUGGUGAAGUUGGAGGGAUUUUGCAUAGACCCAGAAGAAGCAAAUUGCUAUCUAGUUUAUGAAUAUGUGGAGAAUGGAUCUCUGUACUCAUGGCUACAUGAGGACAAAAACGAAAAGCUGAACUGGAAAAAAAGGCUAAGAGUAGCCAUUGACAUUGCCAAUGGCCUCCAAUACAUCCACGAGCACACAAGGCCACGAGUUGUGCACAAAGACAUCAAGAGUAGCAACAUUCUCUUGGACUCGAACAUGAGAGCCAAAAUUGCCAAUUUUGGGCUUGCAAAGUCAGGAAUGAAUGCCAUUACCAUGCACAUUGUGGGAACACAGGGCUACAUUGCCCCUGAAUAUCUGGCUGAUGGUGUGGUCUCUACAAAGAUGGAUGUGUUCUCUUUUGGGGUUGUGUUGCUUGAACUAAUUUCUGGGAAGGAGGCCAUUGAUGAGGAGGGAAAUCUCUUGUGGGCAAGUGCCAUCAAAACCUUUGAAGUGGAUAAUGAGCCAGAGAAGUCUAGCAGACUGAAGGAAUGGUUGGAUAAGAAUUUUUUAAGGGAGACAUUUUCCACGGAAAGUUUGAUGGGUGUUCUCAAUGUAGCAAUUGCUUGUUUGCAUAGAGACCCCUCAAAGAGGCCUAGCAUAAUGGAUAUUGUCUAUGCACUAAGUAAAAGUGAAGAUAUGGGCUUUGACAUCUCAGAUGAAGGGAUUGGAUCCCCACGGGUUGUGGCUAGGUGAGAUGGGUUGAAAUACUGACCCAUCUGGCUUUGUUUUUUGUUAGAGAACCAUUUGGAUAUUUUUGUUUAAAGAAAUCCAUUUGGUAUUUUGGUAAUCUCUGGUUAGUGUGGCCUUGGUCCUUUUUGUAUUCUUUUUGCUAUGGAUAUGCUGACCACAAAAAAAGGGUUUAAAAGACCCUAAUAAGUAGUACUUCAUGAAGUAGGGCUUUUCUGAGGCCGAAAGUAAUAAGGGAGUCAAAUAAUCUUGGGUUGUAUACAUAAUAACUAGUUUGCUACCCAUGCUAUAUCACACGGUUAUGUUGGUUUGUAAUUUGUACACAUGCUGUAAAAUGAUUUAUUUUUAUGUAGUAUUAAGCUCAUGUAAUGAUGUAUAUUAACAUGAAUGCAAUCCAUGAUUUUGCUAA